UUUGAAACUUAUGACUUUUUUAGUGACUGAAUACGCAGCAAUGGGCUUCAUGUGCUGGAUGCUCCUAAUAUAUGCUCUGAUUGGACAAAACCUGACCUUCAAUGAAGCAGGUGCAGCUCUGAAACCUUCCAUCCAGCUUCUUUCUUCACAGUCCACUUUUUCACUUGGAGACAAACUUACAAUCAGGUGCAGUGCAAACCAGAGCCAUAACACAGCAGUAACGUUUUUAUUGUACAAAAACUAUACUGUGCAUAUUGCAGAAAAACAUUUGGAUGUAAACCAAACCAGUGCUGACUUUGUAGUUAGCCUCACAGCAACAUACGAGGAGAUGUAUCACUGUUUCUACAGAAUGGAAAAUGGACUGUCGUCAACAUGGAGUGAAACAGUUUAUAUCAAAGCGGCUACAGAAGAAUCAUCUGUUACAAAAUUCUCUGAACUACCACUGAAAGAUAUUAUAUAUGGUGGAGUCAUUGGAGGAGCUUUGCUGCUUUUCAUCAUUCUGGUCAUUGUGCUGUAUAUAAAGAAUAGGAAGCCCGUCAGCCAUGUAAAACAAAAUCCGCAAACAGAGAGAAAGUUCAACAGCUAUGUGGAAAUUCAAGUUUGUGAGUUUUCCUCGACGAAAAAGAGAUACAAAGAAGAACCUGUAUACAUGAAUGUACCUAUUCGCGGCUCAAAAAAACAUUCUCAGAAUGGAAAGAAAAGUAGCAAAAUGUUCAAGUGACAUUCCAAAACCUACCCAGAACAACAUAUAUACAUGAAAAGGAAGGGUAAUAUGUACAUUAUGUAAAACAUGAAUUCUUGUAGAUUUUUUGUGCAAUGUAUAUGAAAGUGCAUUUAAGGGUCUAUUGGGUUUCAAUCCUGAACAAUCUGAGGUUCUCUUUUAUAUUCAAAGUGCAGUCAGCUUUCUAAGGCAGUCAUUGGAGAAGAUCUUAACUGACAAUUGAUUUUAUGUCUGCCUGAUGGGUGCCUAUUAUACAGUAAGUACCUCUGAGCGUUUGUUCGUUUCCAAGAAUUCAUGAUUUAAGUCCAUCAAUCCAUCCAAUAGUGAACUUGCUUAUCCAGCUUAGAGUCAUGAGGCGCUGGUGAUAAUCUGGUCUGUUUAUCAGGUGGUAAAUUUUGGGGUCAGCCUAGAGUUGCCAAUUAAUUUGACUCUCACACCUUUAAGGGCAGUCCAUGUAUUUAGUGAUCAAAGUUUAAAUUUUGAAAUAAUACAAUUUUCAUCAUUUUCAGACCAGAAUAAGAAUGGCCUUUUGUAGAUUUCAUUACAGGCUACCAUUGUACCACAGUGAAAUCAAAGCCAGCCCACAAGGUUUUCCCCUCAAGUCGUAUUUUGUGGUGGUGUGACGUUAAAAAUGAGUCCACAUGUUUGUGCAAGAUCAAAGACAUGGUAUCUCUCCAAAUAUCCCACAGCAAGUGAUUAUUUCAUUCCGCAUACCGUAACUGCCUUGCUAUGAGCAUCCCAUGCCAGAACCAGAUCAUAAUUUGUGAAGGAGAUCUUGUUGAAUACUGAAUAUGACGCUUCUGUUUGUAUGUUUUAUCCAGAAAAGGUGGAGACUUGUCCUAAAGCUAUAGCUAGUCAGCGCUUAGUCAUUGAUCAUUCAUCACUGUGGUGCCUCCCUUACUGUAUCUGCCCUUGAAGUUCCACCUUUUAAGACAAUUCAAAAUCCAUCAUUCAUCCGUUUUCCAAACUUGUUUAAGAAAUGUUUACAGCCAUGAAGAACCAGAGCCUAUCCUAUCAGUGUAAGGUGUAAGGGGGGAACCAAUACUGGAUGAGAUAACAAUCCAUUGUAUUUCACAAACCCACACAUGAUCACUAAUGCCAGACCAAUGUAAAGGUGCCAUUUAAAGUAACAAACUGCUACCGUGCUUCAGCCCAGGCUGUACCUCAAGCUUAAUUUUUGUUAAUCUGUGGUUAAUUGUAGUCAAUUAAGGGAGAAUCUUAAAUUGAGCUGACCUCUAAUUGUUUAUUGUUCUUCAGAUACAAUUACUAAUUACUCUGCAGUCAACUAAAGAGUUUCAAGUGAGUAAAAGGGCAGAUUCUGCAUAUGGUCGUUGUUCAAGCACUAGGUCUUCUCUCUCAGUUUCUUCCCCUUAAGAGUCACAUGUUUUCUUCGGUAUCUUUUUUGUAUUAGAUAUCAAGGAUUCUUCAA